AUGGCCCAGCCCGCGCGGCCGCCCGCCGCCUUCCGCGGCCAGAACGGCGCCGGGCAGCAGCCCUACAGCAACGGUCCUGUUCAGAAUCAGCUGAUGCAUUCGUCGGAUGGCCAGGGCUAUAACCCAUCAGCUCCAGGAUCAUAUUCGCAUCAGAUGCCAGCCAAGGUUCCUCCACAUCAAUCUUCUGGACAGUAUAACUAUAGUAGCUCUCAGAUUGCCUCUCAAUUAAAUAAUUAUCAAGGACCUGGACAGAUUCUCAACAGGGUGGCACCUCCGUCGGGAUCGCCAGUGCAACAGGCAGGGUCUGUCCCACAAGUGCUGCCUCCUGCGCCCCAAAACUCAGCGGCAUCCUCAGCUGGUGGCUUCGGAGCUGCCCCCCCGGGGCUCUCCAGCUGGCCCUAUGGCCAGGCCCCUGCGAGUCAUCCUGGUGGGUCUCAAACGAGCCACUUGGCCCACGUGGCAGGGACAGCGUCAAUCCACCCACCGUCAUCCUUGCCAGGAAACUCCAAUCCUCCAGGGAGUUACCAAUAUGCUGCUUCUCCUGGAGGUCCCCCGCUUCAGAACAGCUACAUGAAGCCAGCAUCUGCACCCCCACCUGUGACUCAGCCUUUACCUCCACUCCACCUUCCAAGGCCACCUUUAGGACCCCCUCCAGUUGCGGGUCCUCCUUUGAUUAGGCCAUCAACACUGACAGCAGCAGCAGCACCACCACCUAGUAGCUCUGUACCACAGUCUCUGCUAAAUUCAACUGCAAAUAGAGAAGGUGAUGCUGCAUCUACUGCCAGUGAUGGGUCUGUGGUCCAAAAUAGCUAUGAUGCAAUAGAAGGCGGUGGCCUCAUGGCAACCACACAUCCAUCUCCUGCCACCCCAAAUGUUAACAUGGGUAGAAAUGUCGGAUAUUCGUAUCCAAACCUGCCACCAGGCUACCAAAAUACUUCACCUGGAGCACCAGGUUUGCAAGCACCUGCUCUACAAUACCCAGAUGGAUCAAAACCUUUCCACCAGCCUCCUUUAGGCCCUAAUCACUUAACUGCAUCUAUGGGCACSCUGAGUCUGCAGCAAGAAGGAUUAAGACCUGUGAAUCUUCUGCAAGAAAGAAAUAUUCUUCCUACAACCAUCUUGCAGGCUCCUGUGCCAAACUUGCAUGAAGACAUCCAGAAGCUGAAUUGCAAUCCUGAGUUGUUCCGCUGUACCCUGACUAACAUUCCUCAAACUCAGGCCUUACUGAAUAAAGCCAAGCUUCCUUUGGGACUCCUGCUUCAUCCUUUCAAAGACUUAUCGCAAUUGCCAGUGGUCACUUCAAGCACUAUAGUGAGAUGCCGUUCCUGCCGGACGUACAUUAACCCUUUUGUCAGCUUCCUAGACCAAAGGAGAUGGAAAUGCAAUUUGUGCUAUAGAGUGAACGAUGUUCCUGAGGAAUUCAUGUAUAAUCCUGUGACAAGAGCUUAUGGAGAACCUCAUAAAAGACCUGAAGUUCAGAAUGCUACUAUUGAGUUUAUGGCUCCGUCUGAAUACAUGCUGCGUCCACCUCAGCCACCUGUGUACCUCUUUGUGUUUGAUGUCUCUCAUAAUGCAAUAGAGACAGGAUACUUGAAUACAGUUUGCCAGACAUUAUUAGACAAUCUUGACUUGCUUCCUGGGAACACUAGAACAAAAAUAGGCUUCAUAACAUUUGACAGCACAAUCCAUUUCUACAGUCUGCAGGAAGGUCUCUCGCAGCCUCAGAUGCUCAUAGUUUCAGAUAUUGAAGAUGUGUUUAUACCAAUGCCAGAAAACUUACUAGUAAAUUUAAAUGAAAACAGAGAGCUAAUUCAAGAUCUGCUGAAGACCCUGCCACAGAUGUUUACCAAGUCCCUGGAAACGCAGAGUGCUCUCGGGCCUGCCUUACAGGCUGCUUUUAAACUCAUGUCUCCAACUGGUGGUAGAAUCUCUGUCUUCCAGACCCAACUCCCAUCUCUGGGAAUGGGAGCGCUAAAAUCACGAGAAGAGCCAAACCAAAGAUCAAAUGCMAAGGACAUACAUCUGACCCCAUCAACUGAUUUUUACAAGAAGUUAGCCCUGGACUGCUCCGGGCAGCAGGUUGCAGUGGAUUUGUUUCUUCUUAGUGGGCAGUAUUCUGACUUGGCUUCUUUAGGCUGCAUAUCAAGGUAUUCUGCAGGUAGUGUCUAUUACUACCAGUCAUAUCACCAUAAACACAAUCCUGUCCAGGUGGAGAAAUUACAGAAGGAGCUAAAACGAUAUUUGACCAGAAAGAUUGGUUUUGAGGCUGUCAUGAGGAUAAGAUGCACCAAAGGUCUUUCCAUUCACACCUUCCAUGGGAACUUCUUUGUGCGAUCUACAGACUUGUUGUCAUUGCCUAAUGUAAAUCCAGAUGCAGGAUAUGCUGUGCAAAUGGCUGUAGAAGAGAGUCUUUCUGACAUGCARGUAGUUUCUUUUCAGUCAGCCCUGCUGUAUACAUCCAGCAAAGGCGAAAGAAGAAUCCGUGUCCACACCAUGUGCUUGCCUGUUGUAGCAACGCUGAGUGAUGUUUACCUGGGGGCAGAUGUACAGGCUAUCACUGGGCUCUUGGCCAACAUGGCUGUGGACCGAUCAGUUUCUGCUAGCUUGAGUGAUGCUCGUGAUGCCCUGGUCAACGCGGUGAUAGACUCCUUAGCUGCCUAUCGUUCCUCAGUCCUGAGUAUUCAGCAGCCUGGGCUCAUGGCCCCCCGCUCACUACGGCUCUUUCCACUUUAUGUGCUGGCUCUCUUAAAACAGAAAGCAUUCCAAGCUGGGACAAGUGCACGUUUAGAUGAACGCAUUUUUACCAUGUGUCAAGUUAAGAACCAGCCCCUUGUUUACCUCAUGCUUAUGACUCAUCCCAACCUGUACAGAGUUGAUAACCUCUCAGAUGAGGGAGCUCUUAACAUAAAUGAUAAAACUAUACCACAGCCACCCAUUCUGCAACUGUCUGUGGAAAAGCUGAGUAGGGAUGGUGCUUAUCUUAUGGAUGCUGGCUCUGUCAUGUACCUGUGGGUUGGAAAGAACUGUGGGCAGAACUUUAUCAGCCAAGUCCUUGGAGUUCCAAACUAUGGCUCAGUUCCUCAAAAUAUGACACAUCUCCCAGAACUUGAAACUGCAGAAUCCAUCAGAACAACGACUUUCAUCGCUUGGCUKAGAGAACAGAGACCCUUCUUUCCUAUACUGUAUAUAGUAAAGGAUGAGAGUCCAUUGAAAUCAAGUUUCCUGCAAAAUAUGAUUGAAGACAGAACAGAAUCAGCCUUAUCAUACUAUGAGUUCCUCCUGCAUAUACAGCAGCAAGUGAAUAAGUGAAAUGCUAACCUUUGGCUCACUUGCUUAAGAAAAGAUUUCGUGGUAAAGAACACUUGUGCUUGUAAUAUCUUCAUUCAGUCUGUGGCCUGAGGCAGUUGAUGAGAAGAUCUCACUGUGAUUUCAACGAACUAAAGCAAAUAAAGGACCACAUCUGAAAAUCAAAUGUGCAACUAUGUAAUAUUGUACCUUAAAAUCAAAAUAUUGGAACUGGUUGAGCACCUUUAAUUUGCUGCAAAUUAUGUUUUUACUGUAAGUAGUUGCAGCAUGAAGUACAUUUACAAAGGCAAUAUUGCAAAGGUAAAAUACAUUUUGUAAAAUAAAGAGUUUUGUUGUUCAAAAUGUAUAUUUCUGUAACUCUUUGCUUUUUUUUCUUUUUGCUGCUAGAUAUAAAAACCUCACAAUACUGAUUAUGGUUUGCAGGGAAAAAUCUUUAUUCAGUGCAUCCAGUGAUUAGAGUCAGAGCAUCYUAAUGUUCAACUUGAAGUGCUUAAAGUAGCAAUGAAACAACUGUUCAUUGUGAAAGGAACAAAUGCUUUAUGAAACUUAAAAUCCAGAGUUUGGAAUGGAUUAUGACUAAUAGGAUUAAAGGUAAGCUUAAACCGGAUAAGAUGACUGAAUUUGUUGGACUUUUAAACACAUCAGUAUUGCAGUUGAAAGUGGGGGUUAGGGGGAGCAGACUCUAUAUGGGAUGUAUUUUAAAAGUGAGUAGCCAAGUCAGCAGCAAAAGUUGAUGUAAAUGGAUAGCAAGCUCUAUUUUUCCUCAGUAAAAUGAUUGGAGUGAUAAUUUCAGUUUGCAAAUGGUGUGGGAGGACAAGGAAGGGCAUCCCAGAUUUUUUUAUUCUUUUUAGUCGGUAGACUUUUGGCCCUUCUUUACAUUAACUGAAUGUUAAGCCCUAAAAACUUGCUGUGCUUAUGAAAUGAGUUCAUCUGACAGCACUUAAUGCUUUUAAACAACAUUGAAUACUUGACACAAAAAAAUUGGAAAAUGAAUUAUUUUUCUAGAGAGAAAUAUCAUGUUGUAUUUGGAGGACUGCUUCUAGUUGGAGGCACACUUAAAGUUCUCCAAAAUCCCCUUUUUUUUCCCCUGUAGCUGUAGUGAGCCUAGGUCCAGAGCCAGUAUGCACCAGAUAAAAGCUUUAAAUGUACUCUCAGAUCCCUGCCAGUGCUAAGACUGAAGUGGACAUUGGGCUUAAGUGAAUUUUUUUUUUUUUGUGCAAAAAUAUUUAGAGCAUUUUAUAAGAGUGUAUUGAUAAUUCCAUUUUGGAAAUAAAGCUGUCAUUGAUGGCUAGCAACAUAAAGAGUACUUUAAGUUAUUGUAUCUGUACGCCUGUGGAAGAGCUUCAUACAGAAAAAUCAUGUUUUGCUUUUAGCUUAAUGGUGAUGAGAUUAAUUAUAGGUCUUGCAAAAUCUUUCGGAGAUAAGUAACUAACAGGCAGAUAUUUAUAAAUAAGUGGGCAAGUAUGUACURUAAGUAGGCUAGGUAACUCGUGCAGGUUUUGUGGUAUGAGCAUCUCAGACGCAGGACCUGAGAGUGCCGUUAUUUGCUGUGGCUUGGGGCUCCAGCUGUGYGUGUUGUCAGCAGUUGCCUUACCUGAGGGGAGAAGUGUUUGGAGAAGCAGCUUGGGGYACAAGAUGCUCAUGUUCAGAACRGUGUCUAGAAAGGCACAAAAAGGCUGUUCUAGAGGCAAUSCAAGCCCCUCUGGCUGCUGUCUCCCUGCCAAGUGGAGUGCACUUGGAUGGCUUUUCAGAGAAUUGCACAUUUUCUAGUUGAAGUGCAGAAAUUUUAAGUUUGACAGUGUAGUCUUUUCCAAUGGGAAGGGCCUCUUCAUCUAUAUCAUAAAGGAAAACUAUGCACUUGCAUAGGUUAUCGCUUACGCUUUUGAGGCAUGUUAKCACUUAGACACUAGAAACCAUUCUUGUGUCUAACAGCCCACUCAGUGUCUGUUUCUUGCCAUCACUAUAUUUUACUAUUAUAUUCCUUAAAAUAUUUUUUUAAAAGAAGUCGGAGGUGGCUUCAUUGCUUUUGGUACACCAGCYGAGUGGCUGUGGAUGUCAGUCUGUCUGGCAAUUGACGGCUUUGAAUUAGGGUCCCUAAUUUGCAGAGCAAGAAUCAGAGAAACUAUCUUGGAAUAAAACCCUUCACCUUGGACAAAAUUCUGUAUCAAACUUGGCUAGUACAUUCAUUUGUGGUGGGAAAAGCCUGAGAGUUUCACUGGUGUUGCUGUAAGGGCAGCACAAGACAGACAAAUGUGUGAACUAUCUAUGAUGUGUCCUUUUUUAACCAACAACUGAAAAAAUGAGGAUACGGAAAAUGAACUGCAAAACCUGGCGAGAGUUGCUCUGAUGCGUCGAUCUUGGUACAGCAACUCUACCACUGCAAAUGUGCUCUAUUUUUCUAGUUGAAGACUUUUUAAAUAUAUCUAUAUUUGACGCAUUAACAUUCAACUGACACUGUUACCAUCCAUUUUACUUUGCUGUCAUUAUCUUUUUUAAUUUAAUAUAUUUGAGUCUGAGUCAUAUAGACUGUUUUGCAAUAACUAAAAUGAUUCACACUUUCACAUUUCUUUUAUUUAGAAUUAACUUCUUAUCAGAAUUUAAUCA